CCAAGGCACCUACCUACCUGUUCCUGUUGAGUCAGUUUGCUCCCAGAAUGAUUGGCAGCUGUGAGGCAGCAGUGUGCGGUUACCUAUAUGUAUUCCCGCAAAGUCAUGCAGGGCGCCAAUAGAAACCACUUCCUGCAGCAAUGGCUCCAGAGAUAGUAUGCUCUGGCCGCAGGGCUCGUGAGCUUUCACGAAGUCAUGAAACAGUAAACCCGCUGUGCCGCAAUCCUACUCGGUGUCGGCCUGGGCUGUGUUUGCUAAUUGCACCUCUUUUGCUGGGGUGUUUACGCUCUUCUGAGUGGCUCGCUGUCGGUCAAAUGUUGGUUGCUUUAGUACAUGAAGAGGCACAGUUGGUGAUUUGGGGUAUCACGGUCAGGUCACAGCCUGGAAAUUGGAUUGUGUACUAUUCCUGGCCAAUAUUGAGUCACGGACCUUCUCUUCGCUGUUGUGUUUAUAUAUGAGUAGGCUCCCAUUUGUUCACACUCGCAAACAUAAUACAACUGACAACGGAAAGACCAAAUCCUCUUCACAAUAUCACAUAUACACAGAAAGAUCUUAUAGCUCUUCACUAUGAUUAUCACAUUGAUUGCUCGUGUUGCUCAAGUAAGAAAACCCUUA